AUGCGCAAUUUGACGAUCGUGUUCGUUGAGAGAGAAGCUGCCCAUGAUGCCAAGGACUCCGCUGCACAUGCCGUGGGCGAUACCCACAAGAAAGUUGCCGACUGGAAAGACGAUACCAAGUCAAAGCUAUCAGGGUGGGGUAGCGAAGCUGAAAAGGCUGCCCACGAUGCCGGGGACUCUGCUGCACAUUCUGUAGGCGAUUUACAGAAGAACGUAUCUGAUUGGAGAUCUGAUGCGAAGCAGAAGAUGGCAGAAUGGCGUAGAGAAGACAAUGCCGCCAGUGAAGCUAAGGAGAAAGCAGCACAUACCAUGGAUGACGGCCAGAAGAAGGCAGCCGACUUGAAGGGCGGAGUACAGGGAAAGCUGUCGGAAUGGGGCAGCGAUGUUGAAAAGGCUGCCCAUGACGCUAAGGACUCUGCAGAACAUGGCGUUGAAAAAGUGCAAAAGAAAGUACAAGACUGGACAACCGCGGCAGGAGAGUCAGCCUCUUCCACAGCUGCAUUCCUCAAAGACACGUUCGGUAAAGGCAAGGAUAAAGCUGCAGAUGCCGCGGACGAAGCUGGAAAGAAAGCCGAGUCUGCUGCUGAAUCAAUGAAGGGCUUGUUCAAGGAUGCCCAUGAUAGCGCCAGCAAGACUUGGGAUGACACUGGAAAGGGCGUUUCAUCGGCUUUCGACAGCGCAAAGAAUAAAGUGUCAGCAGCUGCCGGGCAUGCGAAAGCGGAGACGAAAAAGGCUGGAGAAGUCACCGCCGAUACCGCUCACGACAUUGGGGAGAAGAUGAAGCACACCGCUGAUGCCGGUCAUGCCAAGGUGGGUCGUUUUUUCUUGUCCCACGAAUUAAACAAUUUUUUCAAUCUAAUCAACAAAGUAGAGGCAGAGGUAGUUACUUAG